AGUAAAGGUUAAAGGUCAAUAUAUCUGUCUAACUAUAACGGAAGUGACGUCACACAACCAUUUAUGGAGUCGAUCAACGGCCAAAAUUAAUUUAUUAGAUUUAUCAUUUAUUUCUAAAUUUUGCUGGACGACAUUGACAGUGGGAUAUCGCAAUGGCCCAACACAGUUUAAGUCAAGAUUUUCAACGUAUAGCUAUUCAUGAACCAAGACAGCAUGGUGGUCAGGCACCCACAUAUAGAACAGGCCCCGCGCCAUUCAGGGCAUAUCAUGAUGGCAAAGAUGAUUUCCCUCCCCCGCCUCCCCCUUCCUCACAACCUUUCAUGGAGCACAAUUUCCCCCCUCCCCCACCAGAAUCCAAGGAGAAUAUCUACCAUGAGAUACGGGAUGAAGAUUUUCCUCCUCCUCCACCUACUGGAGCUGAGCCAAUGUAUACAAGGCCUGGUUACACACAGUACGGGAGCCCAAUGACGUCAUAUGAGAGCAGGCACGAGUCACAGACACUGGUUCAACCAUCCGGGAGAUAUGAACGUGAAGUGAAACAAGCAACAUACAGUAUUCAAAGCUCUGAUAGCAGUGGAAGGUCAUCUCCACGUUCAUCACCCUAUACAAGCCAGUAUGCCAACUUCUCAAACCUACAAAACACAUAUAACACAAGUUCUGCCCCGCAGACAUAUAGUACGUCAAACUAUGGCAGCUCGCAGGGGUAUAACUCAUCACCAUCAUACGGCCAGUAUUCAUCGAGCAACAUUAGAAGCAACAGUCCUUCUAGGUACUCGCCCAACUCUCCAAGACAGGCAGAAGAAUCUGGUGUUACAUACGCCCAGAUCGCCCCUAGAUCUGAAUCUGGUGUCACAUACGCCCAGAUCGCACCGAGAUCCGAUCGUCCGGUACCUGGACCACAAACACCCAUUCAGAUCAAGGUUGCUGAUUCAAAACAGCAGUCAUACCCUUCACCAAGUCAGUCGCAGUAUUCAAGGUCAUUGCAAGGGCAGCAACCAGUAUCGUCCGGAUAUUCACCGUCAUCAUUGUCUCCUAGAGGGGCCGACUCAAGGGGAGGUAACUCUAAAGAACAGGAAGUAGAUGCACUUACUCAGAUGUUAAUGCAAGGUCUAGAAGGGACAAAAGAUCCAGAUUUCUUUGGGAUAUGUGCCAAAUGUGGAAAGAAAGUUGUUGGAGAGUCUAACGGGUGUACAGCAAUGGACCAGGUCUUCCACAUAGCAUGUUUUGUCUGUGUAAGCUGUGGUACAUUACUAAGAGGGAAAUCUUUUUAUGCAAUGGAGAGAAAACCACAUUGUGAACCAUGUUAUAUGAAUACACUGGAGAGAUGUUCUAUUUGUUCAAAACCUAUUACAGACAGGUUAUUAAGGGCAACAGGAAAGCCGUAUCAUCCAGCAUGUUUUACAUGUGUAGUGUGUGGUAAAUCACUGGAUGGUGUACCAUUUACAGUAGAUGCUACCAACCAAAUACACUGUAUUGAAGACUUCCACAGGAAGUUUGCGCCGCGGUGCUGUGUCUGUUUAAAGCCUAUCAUGCCAGAGAAAGGUCAGGAAGAAACUGUUAGAGUGGUUGCCAUGGAUAGAAGUUUCCAUGUCAACUGUUACAGAUGUGAGGACUGUGGAGAUUUGUUGUCAUCAGAGGCUGAGGGGCGUGGCUGCUACCCCCUUGAUGAUCAUAUUUUAUGCAAAGCGUGCAAUGCAAAGAGAAUUAAUGCCCUUACUACAAAACUGUCUACAGAACUUUAAAUAUAUCUAGACUUGAACAAAUUUAUUGAUAGAUCUGCAAUAUUUAUAUCACAUUAAAUGCUUAUUUUGUUAUUUGUAUAAUUUUAUGUAUUUUAGUUGUUCAGCAAAGUAUGAAGUUAAUUUUAAAUACAAAAAAAGUCUGUUUACUGAAUUAAAGUGAAUUAAUUUAAUGUGCGUUCUGUAUUUUACAAAAUCAUUGUUUGAACUUUUGAAAAGAAAUACUUCUGAAAUACUUUUAUGAAAAAAAUAAGAGCAUACUGCGACUGUUUACUAAAUCGUUGCUUCACAGUUAAAACCCCUUCUUAAAAUAACAGCAUAUCUUGUUGUGGAACAUUUUAUUCUGUGUGUGAAAUAACAGAGA